AUGUCGCUUGGGCUUUCUCAAGAGCAGUAUUGUUUUUCAGGCUCAAAUUCCUCCUGUUUUAGAGCACAGUUUAGUGUAGAAACCAAAGUUACUCUCCAAUUGAUUUUUUCUUUAGGCAUGCUCAUUACAAUUUUAGGGAACUCUGUUGUCAUUGUGUCAAUAGGUCAUUUCAAGCAGUUGCAUAAUCCUACCAAUGUGCUUAUUGUAUCUCUUGCUUAUGCAGACCUUCUCGUGGGUGUAACUGUGAUGCCCUUCAGCGCCAUCCGAACCAUUCAUGGCUGCUGGUUCUAUGGGGAAGACUUAUGUCUGCUGCACUCAAGUUUUGAUAUGUUUCUCACCACUGUCUCUAUCUUCCAUCUAAUUUGCAUUGCUAUCGACAGGCAACAAGCAAUAUGCAAUCCUCUGCAUUAUUCCAGGAAUAUCACAAUCUCAGUGGCCUGGAUUAUGGUAUGUGCCAGUUGGGCACUUGCAGCUAUCUACUCCCAUGGACUAAUCUACUCAAAGGCCAAUGUAGCAGGGAUAGAGCUCCUGGACAAUAUAUUCUGCUUUUUCUUCCCAUGCAUUUUGAUGGUUUGUCUGUACACUAAAGUAUUCAUUGUGGCCAAAGAGCAUGUAAGAAAGAUUGAAGAUAUGAGCAAAAGUUCAAUGAACAAAGAAAGCGGUGGGUUAAUUAAACAGUCUGAGCAUAAAGCUGCAAAGACUCUGGGUAUUGUGCUGGGUGGAUUCAUCUUUUGUUGGAUGCCCUUUUUUCUAAAUUCCAUAAUUGAUGCCUACACUGGCUUCAGUACAUCUGCUUUUGUCUUUGAGGCAUUGGUUUGGUUGGGUUACUUCAAUUCAACAUUAAAUCCAAUUAUUUAUGCCUUAUUUUAUCCUUGUUUUAAGAAAUGCUUUUGUCUCAUUGUCAAUCUGAAAAUAUUCAAUUCUCAAUCUUCAACUAUAAAGGUGCAUAUCCUAACACAUGUAUGA